UCUUACUACGCGCGUACGUGUGUCACAGUUUUCGCUUCACUCUUUCUGGUGGCUCAGCUUCCACCUUCUCAUUUUCGGUGUUAAAUUUUCCAAAAUCCAAAUUCACAAUCACGCGGCGUGUGGCUCUCUCAUCAUAUACGACAGUUACACUCAUCACGCACAGUUUUAGCAACGCCGAAUCGUAACGGUCAAAUUUUCGCUCCCAUUUUUCAAUCACUGAAGAAAAUCACACUCGCGAUUUUUUCUCUGCUACAUUAUGAUUCUUAAUGCUUCACGGUACUGGUUUGAUUUUUAGGGUUCUGGUUUUGAGCGAUGAGUUUCGUGCAUUUAUUCGUACAUUUAGCAUUGGAAUUGAAAUUUUGAGAGAGAAAUGGUGACUGCGGUUUCCACGACGAAAGUUACGAAGAGAGCACCAACACCGAAGAGACCACCGUUGUUACCGUCUGAAUCGGAUAAUGCAAUCGCUCCGCCUGCUCCGCCGAGAAGGCCGAAAGCACGAGAAGUUACUUCUCGGUACAUGUCUUCGUCUUCUUCGUCGUCGUCUUUUUCGUCGCCUCCUAAAAGAAGUAACUCGCCGUUGGUGACUAGAGCAGUGAAUUCGAAUAUGAAUUUGACGAGGCAGAAAUUGACGCCGGCGGUGAUGCAGAGGUCUCAGUCGACGGAGCGGCGGAGGCAAGGAACUCCUCGACCUAACAACGGUGAGACUCCGGUUGCUCAGAGAAUGUUGUUUACUUCGACUAGGAGUUUGUCUGUUUCGUUCCAGGGAGAGUCAUUUUCGUUUCAGGUCAGCAAAGCGAAACCGCCGCCGGCGAGUCAGAGUGUGAGGAAAAGUACGCCGGAGAGGAGGAAAGUAACGGCGACUACACCGAUAGCUACGAGAGGGAGAGUUAACGGAAAUUCCGAUCAGAUGGAGAAUUCGGUUUCGAGGUCAUUAGAUCAGCACCGGUGGCCGGGGAAAUCACAACAGCAACAAGCGAAUUUCAUGAACAGAAGCUUGGAUUGUGGUAUUUCAUUGAGAUAUUCGAAUGGACCUGGAAACAACGUGGUUAGGUCAUUGCGUGAUUCGUUGUUGGAUCCUCGAGUGUCUCAGGAAGCUGCAUUGAGAUUUGAAAGCAACAAAAAUGGCGGAUCUGAACCUGAAAUUGAACCUGAAGAACUUGUUCCUUCUGAUAAUGAUAGCGUAACUUCUGGUAGUUCUUCUGGAGCUCAUGAUAAUGGAGGAAAAGAAAUGCACGGAGGUUCUCGUGUUGUGCCGGCGAGGUUCUUGCAAGAGGCUAAUAAUCCGUUACGGCGCCAAACAGAUCUUCCGUCUCCAAGGAACGGUGGAAUUGGAAAUAAAGCCGUGGAUCCUCCAAAGCUUUUGGUGCCGAAGAAAUCAGCGUUGUUUAGUCCUGCAUCCUCUCCACGAGGAAUUGUGAAUAGCCGGUUACAAGGUUCUCCUAUUCGUUCUGCUGUUCGUCCUGCUUCUCCGAGUCCGCUAGCCUCAUCAUCACCGUGGUCUCCUUCCCGUGGCGCGAGUCCUUCUCGAGGAAGAAAUGGAAUCGUUAGUAGUCUGACUAGUAGAUUUGUUAACGAGCCUUCUGUUUUGAGUUUUGCUGUUGAUGUUCCGAGGGGGAAGACGGGAGAGAACAGGGUAGCUGAUGCACAUUCAUUGAGACUUAUGCAUAACAGGCUAAUGCAAUGGCGAUUUGUGAAUGCUAGAGCAGAUGCUUCCCUCUCUGUACAAACAUCGAAUGCUGAGAAAAGCCUCUAUGGUGCUUGGGUAGCUACAUUGAACCUACGUGAAUCUGUUAUAGCCAAAAGAGUAGAGUUGCAGCUGUUGAAACAACAUUUCAAGCUAAUAUCGAUCCUGAAGGAGCAAAUGAUCUAUUUGGAAGACUGGGCUAUUCUCGACCGGGUGUACUCUGACUCGCUAUCCGGAGCAACUGAAGCGCUAAAGGCCAGCACCUUACGCCUUCCUGUUUUUGGUGGGGCCAAGAUAGAUCUACUAAAUUUGAAGGAUGCCAUCUGUUCAGCAAUGGAUGUGAUGCAGGCUAUGGCUUCCUCCAUAUGUCUCUUGUUACCAAAAGUUGUAAAUGUAAAGUCACUGGUAGCUGAACUUGUCAACUUAAGUGCAAAGGAGCGAUGUUUGCUUGAAGAGUGCCAAGAUCUUUUGUCAACAAUUAGAACUAUGCAGGUCAGAGAGAGUAGCCUGAUAUCACAUACUAUACAAAUGAAAUGCUUAACCAGAAAUCAGCAAUGAAAUUACAAGUAAAUAACUAUAUUGUAUGACCUGCUCCCUUUUUUGGUGCUAACAUCAUAACAUAGGAGUGGUUAGUUUUUUUAGUUUGGGGUCUUGAGUUCAAUGCAUGAAACCAUCUUGAUUGAUUAGCAGAGUGAGUAUUGCAAAGAGUGGAUUUGAAUUUGUGGUUCUUCAAAUGGAAGUUUGCAUAGUUUUUUUUUUGGUCCUUGUAUCCUUUUUUUUGUUCAAUGAUGUAUAUAAAUUGUGUAGCAUUUUAUAUUUUAAUUGAUUUUAUUCUAUUUUGUAUUUAA